AUGGGCGGUUCAGAGGAAAUACCCGUGGCGAGCCAUGGAGCUCUGCAGCAGCGUUUGUCGACCUUGUCGACGCUGGCCAUGGCCUUUGCCAUCUUGAAUACGUGGAUUGCACUGGCGGGGUCUAUAGGGCUGAUUGUGCCGUCUGGCGGAUCCGUUGCCUUUUUGUACGGCUUCAUCUUUUGCGUCCUGUGCUGUCUGUGCGUGGUGGCGAGCCUGGGCGAGAUGGCUGCCAUAUGGCCGACUGCGGGUGGGCAGUAUCACUUUGUCUUUGCGCUGUGCCCGGAGCAGACGAGGCUGCCUAUUAGUUUCGUCGUGGGAUGGAUCAAUAUUGCUGGGUGGCUGAUUGUCGUCACGGUGCAGGGCUUCUUUGGUGCGCAGUUCAUCUCGGCCGCGGCCGUGGUUGCCUCCAACGGAACGUACGAAAUCACCGCUGCGCGAACGUAUGCCAUCUUCCUCGCCAUCCUCACUUGCACCACCGUGGUCAACAUCUGGGGGAACAAGAUCCUCGGCAAGUGGAACGACGGAGCGCUCUACUGGUCCAUUCUUGGCGUCGUCGUCAUCAGCAUCGUGCUGCUCUCCAUGUCCGAAAAGACAGACGCCGACUUUGUCUUUACCAACUUCCAAAACACGACCGGGUGGCCAGACGGCAUCUCCUGGAUCCUCGGCCUCCUCCAGUCCGCCCUGUCCCUCAUCGGCUUCGACGUGGUCCUCCACAUGACGGAGGAGAUGCCGAAUCCAUCUCGCGACUCGCCCCGGGCCCUCAUCUACGCCAUUCUAGUCGGGGGCGUGACAGGCACCUUGUUCAUCCUCGCCAUCCUCUUCUGCUUCAACGACCCAGAGGCCAUUCUCGGAACGACGACCGGCAUGCCCAUCGUAGAAAUCAUCCUCCGCGCGACCAAGAACCGCGCCGCCACGACAGUCCUCAGCCUCAUGCUCGCCGUGUGCUUCGUCAACGGCUCCAACGCCAGCAUCACCAGCGCCAGCCGCCUGCUGUACGCCAUGGCCAGAGACCGCGGCGUCGUCUUCCACGGCUUCUUCUCGCACAUCGAGCCCAAGCUCAAUGUGCCCGUGCGCACAAUCCUCUUCUGCUACCUCUUCAACGUCUGCUUCGGACUGCUGUACCUCGGCCCGGCGGUUGCCUUUAGCGCAUACGUCGCGUCGUGCACCAUCCUUCUGGACAUUUCGUAUGCCGUGCCCAUUGCGGUGCUUCUCGUCAGGGGGAGGCGCGUGCUGGCCGCGCACAGGACCGCCAGGACGCCGUUCCAGAUGGGCACGCUGUCGGGCUACUUUGUGAAUAUUGUGGCUGUGGUGUAUCUCGUCGUCACUUCAGUGGUGAGCUUUUCCGCUCGUGUCCCUGCCUUGAUUGGUGUAUGGCCGUCUUUUUCAAACUAA